GCCGAAGAGCCCACACAGUCGAAGCACGCGCAUUCCCCCCCUCCUUUUUUUAAAUGUUUUAAUUUUUUUAUUUUUUAAACACCCGCUUCUCACGAUCCAAAACAGGUUUGGUCGAAUAAAGAAUAACGUUAGAAUUAACGUUAGAAUUCACGACGUCCACGAGCGAAUGCGAGAACUGAGCGCGCGGGGGAAGGAGCUCCAGCUGCUGCACAGAGCUGAGAGGGAAACGCGGAGUGAACUUUCUGCAAGAGCAGAAACACAACAGAGGCUGCACACGGCGCAAACAUGACAUUUAUCUUACAUCUGGGGGGGAUUGACAGUACUGAACAUUUAGUCAGAAAAGUGAGAACACAACUAACAGUUUAUUCAGGCAACUAGAAAACCUUAAUGUCAGAGCAACAGGACCCGAAACGCGUGUUAACGUUUAUGUGCCGUCUGCGCAUUUAGUGCAAGUUACGAUCAGUUCCUCGCGUGAGGUGAAAUCCGGUUCCCCAUUUUCAUGAAUGCGCGCGCGUGUUGACGUACAGGGCAACCGACCUUCACGCCGCCCGUCGCCCCAGUUCGCUCGCGCUACUGGUGCUCGUGGCAUUACCGCAUCACCACUUUCGCUUCUGAGUGGACAGACGAGACGUCAGUCCCACCAGGCCCCGCCCCUGGCGACGCGUGAUUGGCUGGUUCUCCUUCCCUUUCUCCGUGUCGCGGCGGUGGGUCUAGCCGCUGUCCGUGAUCUGGCACGUUCGCCCCGUCCAGAUUUCUCCGUUUCGUUUUGGAUGUCUUUCUUACUUUUUUUUUUUUUUUACCUCCAGAGACACCGGUUAACGUUCCCACGCGGACACCCUUUGUCUUUCUUCGCGAGGCAUCUGAGAGUCGCCCGCGCUCUCCCUUAACAUGGCGGUGGUGAGCGCGCUGUCCGGGCCGGCGGUCGCGCGGCUCGAGGGCCGCGAGUUCGAGUACCUAAUGAAGAAGCGCGCGGUGACCGUCGGCCGGAACUCGUCGCAGGGCUCCGUGGACGUGAGCAUGGGCCACUCGAGCUUCAUCUCGCGGAGACACCUCGAGAUCUUCACGGCGGGGGAGGACGCGGCGCGCGGGGGGGACUUCUACCUGCGGUGCGUGGGGAAGAACGGGGUGUUCGUGGACGGGGUGUUUCUGCGGCGAGGCGCCCCCCCGCUGCAGCUACCGCGAGAGUGCACGUUUCGGUUUCCCAGCACCAGUAUCAAGAUCACCUUCACCGCGCUCGCCCACGUCAAGACGGACAAGCAGGAGGCGGAGUCUCCGGUGAAGGCGGUGCAGCCCCAGAUCUCCCCGCUGUCAAUCAACAUCCCUGACAACAUCGCUCACCUCAUGAGUCCCCUACCCUCCCCCACAGGAACCAUCAGCGCGGCUAACUCAUGUCCGUCCAGCCCCGGGGGCGCUGGGUCCUCGGGGUACAGGGUGGGCCGCGUCAUCCCGACAGACCUGCAGCUCAUCAACGAUAACUCUCAGUCAGAGAACGACAAGGAGCCCUCCGGAGGAGACAGCCCCAAGGAUGACUCCAAGCCUCCCUACUCGUACGCCCAGCUCAUCGUGCAGGCCAUCACGCUGGCCCUGGACAAGCAGCUCACACUCAAUGGCAUCUACACCCACAUCACUAAGAACUACCCCUACUACAGGAGCGCCGACAAGGGGUGGCAGAACUCUAUCCGACACAAUCUGUCUCUAAACCGCUACUUUCUCAAAGUGCCGCGCUCCCAGGAGGAGCCAGGGAAGGGCUCCUUCUGGAGAAUAGACCCGUCCUCUGAGGGCAAGCUCAUCGAGCAGGCCUUCCGGAAGCGCAGGCCCCGCGGUGUGCCCUGCUUCAGGACCCCGCUAGGUCCCCUCUCGUCCAGAAGUGCCCCAGCAUCCCCGAAUCACUCAGGGGUGCUCUCCGCCCACUCCAGCGGGGGACAGACCCCUGACAGCCUAUCACGCGAGGGCUCGCCCGUUCCCAUGGAGUCGGAGCCUGUCCCUGCCCCGCCACCUGCACCCGCUGCUGCUCCUGUGCAGCCGAAGCUAGCUGUCAUUCAGGAGGCUCGCCUAGCACAGAACACGCCAGGCUGUUCUCUCAGCAGUCAGCCUGUGCUCAUAGCCGUACAGAGACCUCUCGCUCAGUCUGUGAAGCCCAUGGCAUACGUGGCUGGCCCCGCCUCUUCCGCCGCCUCCUGCCCCCAGACGCUCAUGCAGGCAGUCCACGUAUUGCACCAGAUUCCCGUCACCGCCGGCAACGCCUCCGCCGAGCCACAGGAGAAUGGCGCACACGAAGAGCUCAAAGUGAAAGUGGAGGCCAUCCCUACCGUCACCCACACCUCCAUUGGCUCCGCCAGUCGAAUAGUCCAGACCAGUACGGCAGCCGCGCCCCUCCAGACUGUUACCAUAGUGCAGCAAGCCCCAUUGGGCCAGCAUCAACUGCCAAUCAAAACCAUCACACAGAAUGGCACCCAUGUGGUUCCUAUUGCCACGGCGAUACAAGCCCAUUCAGUCUCCAGUCCUCUCCAUCUAUUGGCUGCCCAUGCAUCGGUCUCUGCCUCUCUCCCCACCAAGCGACAGAAUGGCGAGAGAACCAGUGACCCCCCCCAGAGCAAACGGCCCAAAGCAGACGAGGGGCUGCACCAGCCCGCCAACGGAACCCCCGCCCCUAGCACAGACACGCCCCCUGCCAACCCAAACUAGGCAUUAGCAUAAACCACGCCCCCUCCACCCGUGUCUCUCUUAUGGUUGAUCCUUCUCCAGCCUUCCUGCCAUGCUUUUCUGUCUCACACUCGCAUACAUACAUUCCUUCUCUCCCUCUCUCUCCCUCCACCCUGCUCACUGUGCCAAAUCCAGGAUAUUUUGUUUUGCAUUGAACGGAACUGCUUCUCACUCUUAAGUGAAGUCCCAAAUCAGAAUAAGUUCCACCCAGGAACAAGGCACCUGGGGGAGGGGGCGUGUCCAUAGUCACUGCCAUCUGCCCGCGGUGGGCACCUUGAACACACACACACACACACACACACACGUAAGGCCCUCUGUUCCUGCGCAGUAACCCACUCUAUCCUGCAGUUUGGAAGGUCUCGAAUAGAAGAACAGACUUUUAUGUUGCUGUCACAAACUACAAAAAAGUGUGCAUGUGCACGCAAGAUCUGACCUCUCCUGACCUCUGCUAGUCUUUGUCCACACCUACUCAGUGCUGAUGUCCUCAGAUGCCCACAGAGCCAGUGUGGUAUCGUCUGGUUCUGAUCCAGAGUUGGACCUGGACCAGCCUGUACCAGGUCAGCAAAUGACAGAAGACCCUUCUGGAGUAGAAUCUCACCGAUGCGAGUAUGGAGGUGCGUGUGUGUGCGUGUGUGUGUAGGGGGGAUGUUCAUGGCUCAGUCGCCUACUAAAGAGAUGAAUACAUUCAACCAUAUCCUGAACUUAGGCAGCUACCACUCAACAGCCGAACACCCCCACACACACACGUUCCCAGCGGUCUGCAGUAUUUUGUCAUCCAUGUGUGGAGUACCCUUCCUCCCUGUUUGGUACUCUGUGAUCUUUCAUUAAUAGCAGCAGGAUAACGGAAUGAAUGUUGAUUCCAUGUUGUCCUACCCCCCAGACCGGGGGAUGUUUUUAUAGUGACUCCACAUGAUCAGAACUCUGUGCGUUUAUAUGUGGACGGUUUGGUUUUUCUCUAAAACACGUGUAGUUUUAGAAUAUAUAUCAGAUUAGUUUGGGGGGGGGGGGGGUUGUUUUGUUUGUUUGCUUGUUUUCAACCUGGUUCUUUUCUCUCAAUCCUGAGUGGAGCCCUUUGACUGUGAGAACCCAGAUGAACCUGACGCUGGGGGACCCCACCACCUGAGAGCCCGCCCUGACCCCUGCUGCUCCACUAUUGCUACAUUUCAUUCGUCUUUUAUUCUGGAUCUGGGGGUUUUUUUUUGUUUGUUUGUUUGUUUGUUUUUGUUUUUUUAUUUAAUUUUUUGGCCGUCUUUAGGCUGUGCUGUAGGCAGGAUGUCCCUCCCCAAUCAGUUGAGCCGUCUAGUCUGUUUCCAGAUUGUAUACGUUACAAACUAAAGAAAGACGGGGGGGGGGG